ACACUGGACUCGCUGGGCAACCCGUCCGCCUACCGGCGGGUCACCGAGACCCGCUCGAGCUUCAGCCGCGUUGGCGGCACCCCGUCCAGCGGCUUCCGCUCGCAGUCAUGGUCCCGCGGCUCGCCGAGCACCGUGUCCUCCUCCUACAAGCGCAGCGCGCUUGCCCCGCGCCUCACCUACAGCUCGGCCAUGCUCAGCUCCGCCGAGAGCAGCCUCGACUUCAGCCAGUCCUCGUCCCUGCUCAACGGCGGCGCCGGGCCGGGCGGCGACUACAAGCUGUCUCGCUCCAACGAGAAAGAGCAGUUGCAGGGGCUGAACGACCGCUUCGCGGGCUACAUCGAGAAGGUGCACUACCUGGAGCAGCAGAACAAGGAGAUCGAGGUAGAGAUCCAGGCGCUGCGGCAGAAGCAGGCCUCGCACGCCCAGCUGGGCGACGCGUACGACCAGGAGAUCCGCGAGCUGCGCGCCACACUCGAGCUAGUGAACCACGAGAAGGCUCAGGUACAGCUGGACUCGGACCACCUGGAGGAGGACAUCCACCGACUUAAGGAGCGCUUCGAGGAGGAGGCACGGCUGCGCGACGACACCGAGGCGGCCAUCCGCGCGCUGCGCAAAGACAUCGAGGAGGCGUCGCUGGUCAAGGUGGAGCUGGACAAGAAGGUGCAGUCGCUGCAGGAUGAGGUGGCCUUCCUGCGGAGCAAUCACGAGGAGGAGGUGGCCGACCUGCUGGCCCAGAUCCAGGCGUCGCACAUCACGGUGGAGCGCAAAGAUUACCUGAAGACAGAUAUCUCGUCGGCGCUGAAGGAGAUCCGCUCCCAGCUCGAGUGCCACUCCGACCAGAACAUGCACCAGGCCGAAGAGUGGUUUAAGUGCCGCUACGCCAAGCUCACCGAGGCGGCCGAGCAGAACAAGGAGGCCAUCCGCUCCGCCAAGGAAGAGAUCGCCGAGUACCGGCGCCAGCUGCAGUCCAAGAGCAUCGAGCUCGAGUCAGUCCGCGGCACCAAGGAGUCCCUGGAGCGGCAGCUCAGCGACAUCGAGGAGCGCCACAACCACGACCUCAGCAGCUACCAGGACACCAUCCAGCAGUUGGAAAACGAGCUUCGGGGCACAAAGUGGGAAAUGGCUCGUCACUUGCGAGAAUACCAGGAUCUCCUCAACGUCAAGAUGGCUCUAGACAUCGAGAUCGCUGCGUACAGGAAACUCCUGGAGGGUGAAGAGACCAGAUUCAGCACCUUUGCAGGAAGCAUCACUGGGCCACUGUAUACACACCGACAGCCUCCCAUCACAAUAUCCAAGAUUCAGAAAACCAAGGUAGAGGCUCCCAAGCUAAAGGUCCAACACAAAUUUGUCGAGGAGAUCAUCGAGGAAACCAAAGUGGAAGAUGAGAAAUCUGAAAUGGAAGAAGCCCUGACGGCCAUUGCAGAGGAACUGGCAGUUUCCACGAAGGAAGAGGUCAAGGAGGAAGAGGCGGAAGAAAAGGAAGAGGAACGAGAAGCCGAAGAAGAAGAGGUAGCUGCCAAAAAGUCUCCGGUGAAAGCUGCUGCCCCUGAACUUGCAGGAGAGGAGGCAGGAGAAAAGGAGGAGGAGGAGGAAGGCCGAGAGGAAGAGGAGGAAGAGGAAGAGGAGGGAGCGAAAUCAGACCAAGCCGAGGAAGGAGGAUCUGAGAAGGAAGUCUCUAGUGAAAAAGAGGAAGGUGAGCAGGAAGAGGAAGGAGAAACAGAGGCUGAAGGUGAAGCAGGGGAAGCAGAAGCCAAGGAGGAAAAGAAAGUGGAGGAAAAGGGUGAAGAAGCGGCUCCCAAGGAGGAGCUGGCGGCAGAAGCCAAGGUGGAGAAGGUGGAGAAGGUGGAGAAGGCGGAGAAGGUGGAGAAGGUGGAGAAGGCGGAGAAGGCCAAGUCCCCUGCACCCAAAUCGCCUGUGGAAGAGGCGAAGCCCAAAGCCGAAGCUGUAGCCGCGAAAGGAGAGCAGAAAGAGGAGGAAGAGAAAGUGGAGGAAGGAAAGAAAGAAGCGGCCAAGGAAGCCCCCAAGGAAGAGAAGGUGGAGAAAAAGGAGGAGAAGCCCAAAGAAGCGCCAGAGAAGAAGAAGGCUGAAUCCCCGGUGAAGGAGAAAGUCGCGGAGGAGGCGGUGGCCAAGCCCGUAAAGGUGAGCCCGGAGAAGGAGGCCAAAGAGGAGGCGAAGCCACAGCAGCAGGAGAAAGAGAAGGAGAAGGAGAAAGCGGAAGAGGAGGGAGGGAAGGAGGAGGCAGGCGGUGAUCAGGCUUCAAAGGAAGCCAGGAAGGAAGACAUCGCGGUCAAUGGGGAGGUGGAAGGAAAGGCCGAGAAAGGGCAGGAAACCAAGGAGAAGGGCAGCGGGGGGGAAGAGGAGAAAGGCGUCGUCACCAACGGGCUAGACCUGAGCCCGGCAGAUGAAAAGAAGGGGGGUGAUAGAGGUGAGGAUAAAGUGGUGGUGACCAAAAAGGUAGAAAAAAUCACCAGUGAGGGGGUAGAUGGUGCUACCAAAUACAUCACCAAAUCUGUAACCGUCACUCAAAAGGUCGAAGAGCAUGAAGAGACCUUUGAGGAGAAGUUAGUGUCCACUAAAAAGGUAGAGAAGGUCACUUCCCACGCCAUAGUAAAGGAAGUCACCCAGAGUGACUAAUAUUUGAGUCCAUCGCAAAUGGUAAAGCCAUAUGACAAUUUCAAAAUGCAUGUGAUUGACAGCUUCAAAACAGAACGGGUUCUCCCAUGGGGGCUCCAGACAUUGUAUUUUACUUUGUGCAAUAGGAGGGACCUGCAUGCGAGCUCAGGGUGCCCCCUUCUCAGUCUUUAGGUGAUUCAGAUGCAUGAUACUGUUUGUACCUGGGGAACUGGCCGAUUUCCUAAGCUCUUGGAAGAGGGGGGCACUUGGGGGGGGAAAUGUCUUGAGAUGUAUUAUGCAAAGAACCAACUGAGCCAAAAAUAAUAAAUGAAACAGAACUCUCUUAGCCUUAAGAAAGCUACAUAUGAAUAAUUAUGUUUACCUCACUGGUGCAUUUAAAAAGGACUUUUGUUCAUGGGAGAACCUCGUUGACAUGCACAGUUUGCAAAUUUUCGUUGACUGAUGUUAAACGUCACAGCAGUAUUUGCUCAAUAAAGGUCAUAUUGGAAACAUA